CAGCGCACAGAAAUGAGCGUGAAGACUUUGUGAACGGUUCACAGCGGACGAAACAAAAAAGCGCAAGAGAAAGAAAGAGUGUGAUAGAGAGAAAAAGAGAGAGAGAGCGUGUGAGCAAGAGAGAACGAGCAAAAGAAUGUGUGCGCCUGUGUGUGAAAGAGAGCAACAAGUUUGCAAGUGGAAAUUUUAACAAUAAAAUGCUGUGAAACACAAUAAACUCGCCUCAAGGCAAAACCAACGCAUAAAAAUAAAAUAAUAAUUAUAAAAUAUGCAGCUAGUAAAAAUAAAAACAAAAAAUCUACAACAGAACAAAUAAUACCUACAAACAAAAUAACUAUUUAUAUACAAAUUUCGAGCACAGCUCUUGGCAACAACAAAUAAUAAAAAAAAACGAGUUAAAAUUUGAAAAUAAGAAAAAAUCAAAUCACUCAAGUGAAAGAUAGACAGAGAGAGAGAGCGUGUGCAGCGGCGAGUGACAGAGUGAGACAGUGUUAGACUUUCGCAGCAAACGUUGAAUUUUGCACGCACACAUCACAGAUACAAACACCGAGAUACAUUCCAAAAGAUACAAUAAACAAGCAUACUAUUUCUCACAGUUCUGAUUAGCGCUGAAAAAUUUUGAUGCAAAAAAUGGAGUAUGAGAAAAUGCUGUACAUGACAAGCGCUGGCGAGAUGCCGCACAGCUGUAGCAGCCAGUUCAAGCUUGCCGCAGAACAGUUCCAGGGCCAGGGCCAGACGGACACCUAUGCGGCCUACGCCUAUGCAGAUAACUUUGAUUUGUCGCUGCUGCCGGAAGACGCCGGCAUACCUACCACAGUUUAUCAGUACAACGCGCCGCAGAUCAAGAUCGAGGCUGCCUGGGAGUGUGCCAGCGAUAUACAGGAGCUGCCAACGGUGACUGCUGCAUAUGCCAGCUCUGGCCAACAGCUGAUCCCGCCGCCCCCGCCCGCAUAUCCGCAUAGCGCCUACCCCUCACCACAGUCCAGUCCGCAGCAGUCGGAAUUUGCCUCGUUUGCCUACGGCAAGUACAACGGCAGCUACGACUGCCUGAGCAGUCCGUGUCCCUCGCUGGAUGCCAGUAGCAUUAAGCAGGAGCUACAUAUAUUGCCACCCUCGCCGCCCGAAUCGAAUUGUGAGACGCCCUCGCCGCGCUCUGCCUGCAGCGACAGCAGCAGCAUUAAAGCGGAGCCGCUGGAUGCCGACGUGGAGAGCUUCAUAGAUUUGAAUACGCUUCUCCAGCAGCAACAGCAGCAACAGCAGCAGCAGCAACUGUUGGACAUUAAGCCGAAUCAUCAGGUGCUGCGCGAGUGUCUGGAGGACACAACAUUCCAGCGCAAGCACAAUCUCAAGCCCUUGGCGCUGGAGUCCUUUAUUGGCGGGUUAGCUGAGGUGCGCGGUGACUUUGAGCCGGUCAUAUCGCUGGCGCUGGAGCAUGCCAAGCGUGAGGCGGACGCCAUAUGCGCGAAGCUGCAAAUAUCGCAGGAUCCAAAUGCCUGGACAGCCGCCCAGGUGCACGCCUGGCUACGAUCCACCUUGGCACAGUUCAAGCUGCCGCCGGCUGCCAAUUUGGAGUUGCAGUUCAGCGAAGACGGCGCCGCGCUUGUAUUACUCAGCGAGGAGGAAUUCACGCGUCGUCUGCCCGAGAGCGGCAGCACAUUGCACGCACAGUUGGAGAUAUGGAAGAUGGCCUAUGCCGAUCAGCUGGGCAAUCAAAUGGACACCGCGCCGCUUUGGUCCACAGCAACAACAGCAGCGGGCUAUCAGGCGCCAAAUGUGGAGCACGAGGAGAGCGAAGAUGAUGAGGACAUGGAGGACAUGACUGCGGCGCCAGCUGUGCUUACAGCCACGCCCACGGCAACAACAACGUCCACCAAGCGCACGGGCGGCGCACGCAACGGUGGCAGCUCCCACAUUCAUCUAUGGCAGUUCCUCAAGGAGCUGCUUGCCGCACCGCAAGUUAACGGCACAGCCAUACGCUGGAUAGAUCGCAGCAAGGGCAUCUUCAAGAUCGAGGAUUCGGUGCGCGUAGCCAAGUUGUGGGGCAGGCGCAAGAAUCGACCGGCCAUGAACUAUGACAAGCUCUCGCGCUCGAUACGGCAAUACUAUAAGAAGGGCAUCAUGAAGAAGACGGAGCGUUCGCAGCGUCUGGUCUAUCAGUUCUGUCAGCCGUAUCAUCAGUGAAUUUCGGCAACAGUUCCGUUUGACUAGUUCUAAGUCUAUUUAUUUUUUUGGUAGUCGUAAGAAGCCCAAAACGCCACCCACCAACCACACAACCAAGUUUUGCCCUGACACUAUGCUCGGCUAGCCUCAGCGACUAGCGAGUCUUAGUGCUUGUACAUAUAUCUAAAUACUCACAUUCCAUUUAUAUAUAUAUACCUUUAUAUAUAUAUAUAUAUAAACAUAUAUCUAUCUAGCACAGUUUAGGCACGAAGGUAAGUUCGUGCAUUAGUUCGACUUUAGUUCAAAGACUCGACUUGAGUUCGACUUUAGUUGUUUAGGCUCAAGCCAAUGGCAGCAGGCGAAGGUAAGUUCGCCCUGUCGGCGGCUUUAAGUUUUACUUAAUCAAUCAAUCAAUCAAGUUUUUAUAUAUUGCAUGUGGGCGUGGCAGCUAACUGCAUAUGUUUGACUUACCGGCGACAUCUUUAUUCAAAUGUUGACUGCACCAGCGUUUGCUCCUGUUCCGCUGCCCGUAGCCCGAGUCCAAUUUGUUGCAACUGUUGUUGCUGGCAUGUGGCAUAGUCGACACACAUAAGACCAGUGGUAACAGCACGUGGCACUCAAUGGGCGCGGCCGUGUGCGGCAUGUGGCAGCAAACGCUGCAAGCGGCAACAACUGAAGGUGUUGCGGUAAUUUUAGGAACCAUAUAUCUAUGAUAUAUCAAAAGUAAGUUCUAUGAACAACAAAACAAGCAAAACAAUUUGUAACGAAUAUAAAUGUGAAUAUGAAUAUGAAUAUGAAUAACUUUUGUAUGUUUAGCUAUAAAGCGCAAUUUAUGUGCUCUAUUUAAUUGUUAAAUUCUUGAAAAUUUUUUCUCUUCUCUUCAAACGAAAAGUUA